AGCAACUCUACCGCUGCGCCACAGUGACGGUCACAUGACCAUGACCAUAUUCUGCAGAUCCACGUCAGUGAAUACAUUUUGAACCAGGGAGAGCUGCAGAUAAAAUGGCUGCAAAAGACCCGGUCGAGAAUUGGACCGAGGAGGUAGUUUGUUCCAUCUGCCUGGAUUUCUUCACCGAUCCGGUGUCACUGGAGUGCGGGCACAACUUCUGCCGCUCCUGCAUCACACAGAGUUGGGACAGCGAGCGGAGAAACUCCUGCCCGGAAUGUAGAGAGGAAUUUGCUGACCGCACCCUCAGGGAAGAGUCACGCAAUCUCCAGUCACAGGUCACAUUCCAGUUUGCUGAACUGCACCAUAUUCUCGUGGAGAAAGAGCAGCGCAUACUCGGAGAUAUCCAGGAAGAAGAGAAGAAAAUUGAGCAAGCUGGUCACAAGAGGAGGGUUAGUAAUGAAGCCAACCCAAUGUGUGUGGUAGAAGGUGUGAUGCCGAUUGAAAAGUUUGAUCUCACUUUUUUCCACAACAUGGCAUUGAGAGAAACAUCUGAUAUCAUCAAACGAGUCUCCGUCACCCUGGAUGAGGAAACAUCGGGUCUGCAGCUCGAGGUGUCUGAGGAUCGGAAGAGGGUGAGACUGGCCGAGUACUGCAGGAAUCUCCCUGAAACCGAGAAGAGUUUCCAACCAGCUCCCACUUUCCUCUGCUCGAGCCCCGACUCUUCCCUUCGCUUUCUCGCCGUUUCAGAGAAAACCGAGUGGCCAAAGUCCAUUCCAAGCCCGCGGACGCCAUCGGCUGCUUCGUCUGUCCACGACCCCUGUUUGCGCAUCGAAAUGGAUGAUUCCCUCCAAGAUCGAGGAGAUAAAAUGGCUUCGAAAGACCAGGUCGAGAGUUGGACCGAGGAGGCAGUUUGUCCCAUCUGCCUGGAUUUCUUCACCGAUCCGGUGAUACUGGAGUGCGGGCACAACUUCUGCCGCUCCUGUAUCACACAGAGUUGGGACAGGGAGGCGAAAAACUCCUGCCCGGAAUGUAGAGAGGUGUUUACUGACCGCACCCUGAGGGUGAAUCGGGCCUUGGUUAGACUGGCUGAGAAAGCUCGAGCACUGAGCCCGAAUCUUAAAGAGAAGGAAAGUAAACUUCACUGCGAGAAACAUCAGGAAGAACUGAAGCUGUUUUGUGAAACGGACAAGAAGCUGAUCUGUUUGAUUUGUGCAGCUGGGCGGGAACACAAGACUCACAGCUUCAUGCCGGUCGAUGAAGCAAUUGAAAUCUACAAGGAACAGGUGAAAUCUUCUUUCGAAUCUCUCACAGAAAAGAAAUCAGAGAUCGAGCUAAUUGAGCAUAAACAGAAAGAGAGCAUUUCUGGAGUACAGGAAGAGUCACACAACCUUCAGUCACAGACCACAUCCCAGUUUGCUGAACUGCACCAGAUUCUCACUGAGAAAGAGCAGCGGUUACUCGGAGAUAUCCGGGAAGAAGAGGCGAAGAUUGUAAAAAAAAUGGAAAAAAAUCUUCAAAAGAUUCAAGAGAAUUUAAAUUCCAUCCAGGAGGAACUCUCAAAGUUACAGGAACAGAUAGACCACAAGGACGGCGUGAUAGUUCUGAAGAUAAAAUCCCAUGACCUGCCCGGUCUUACUCGAGGAAGCUGGUCGCAAGAGGAGGUAGGACAUGCUUUUGACUGGGUUCGUGAUGAAACCUACACGAUGGGUGUGGUAGAUGGUGCGUUACCGAUUGAAAAGUUUGAUCUCACUUUUUUCCACAACAUCGCAUUGAGAGAAACAUCUGAUAUCAUCAAACGAGAAAAGGAAUCAGAGAUCGAGCUGAUGGAGCAGCAACAGAAAGAGAGCAUUUCUGGAGUUCAGGAAGAAGCUGGUCGCAAGAGGAGGGUUCGUGAUGAAACCUACACGAUGGGUGUGGUAGAAGGUGCGUUACCCAUUGAAAAGUUUGAUCUCACUUUUUUCCACAACAUGGCAUUGAGAGAAACAUCUGAUAUCAUCAAACGAGAAAAGGAAUCAGAGAUCCAUGAAAUGGAGCAAAAACAGACAUGGACCAUUUCUGUUGUUCAGGAAGAGUCACGCAACCUUCAGUCACAGGUCACAUUCCAGUUUGCUGAACUGCACCAUAUUCUCGUGGAGAAAGAGCAGCGCAUACUCGGAGAUAUCCAGGAAGAAGAGAAGAAAAUUGAGCAAGCUGGUCACAAGAGGAGGGUUAGUGCUGAAGCCAACCCAAUGUGUGUGGUAGAAGGUGCGAUGCCGAUUGACAAGUUUGAUCUCACUUUUUUCUACAACAUGGCAUUGAGAGAAACAUCUGAUAUCAUCAAACGAGUCUCCGUCACCCUGGAUGAGGAAACAUCGGGUCUGCAGCUCGAGGUGUCUGAGGAUCGGAAGAGGGUGAGACUGGCCGAGUACUGCAGGAAUCUCCCUGAAACCGAGAAGAGUUUCCAACCAGCUCCCACUUUCCUCUGCUCGAGCCCCGACUCUUCCCUUCGCUUUCUCGCCGUUUCAGAGAAAACCGAGUGGCCAAAGUCCAUUCCAAGCCCGCGGACGCCAUCGGCUGCUUCGUCUGUCCACGACCCCUGUUUGCGCAUCGAAAUGGAAUAUUCCCUCCAAGAUCGACUGAAUCAGACAGAGAAGGAAAGUAAACUUCACUGCGAGGAACAUCAGGAAGAACUGAAGCUGUUUUGUGAAACGGACAAGAAACUCAUUUGUGUGAUUUGUGCAGCUGGGCGGGAACACAAGACUCACAGCUUCAUGCUGAUAGAAGAAGCAAUUGAAUUCUACAAGGAACAGGUGAAAUCUUCUUUCGAAUCUCUCACAGAAAAGAAAUCAGAGAUCGAGCAAAUGGAGCAGGAACAGAAAGAGAGCAUUUCUGGACUUCAGAAACAGUCACACAACCUUCAGUCACAGACCACAUCCCAGUUUGCUGAACUGCACCAGAUUCUCACUGAGAAAGAGCAGCGCUUACUCGGAGAUAUCCGGGAAGAAGAGGAGAAGAUUGUAAAAAUAAUGGUGAAAAAUCUUCAAGAGAUUCAAGUGAAUUUAAAUUCCAUUCAGGAGGAACUCUCAAAGUUACAGGAACAGAUGGACCACAAGGACGGUGUGAUAUUUCUGAAGGAGGAAGCUGGUCGCAAGAGGAGGUUUACUGAUGAAACCAAACCAAUGUCGGUGGUAGAUGGUGCGUUACCGAUUGAAAAGUUUGAUCUCACUUUUUUCCACAACAUGGCAUUGAGAGAAACAUCUGAUAUCAUCAAACGAGUCUCCGUCACCCUGGAUGUGGAAACAGCGCAUGCGCGGCUCGAGCUGUCUGACGAUCGGAAGAGGGUGAGACUGACCCGGACCCAGAGGAGUCUCCCUGAUACCGGGAAGAGGUUUACAUACUGGGAGUGUGUGCUGGGAUUGGAGGGAUUCACAUCGGGGAGACAUUACUGGGAGGUGGAGGUGGCAGGGAAUCGGCGCUGGAGUCUGGGAGUCGCCGCAGAGUCUGUGGAGAGGAAGAGACAGGUCACACAGGCCCCGGAGACUGGAGUCUGGAGCAUCGGGCUGUGGGAUGACGAGCUUGAUGCAGAUACCGAACCUCCAUCCCCUCUCCCCGCCCAUCCCAUUCCUGGGAGGGAUAUGUAG